AUGACAGAGCAGAAAGAACAAUACAUAAACGUAUGCUUCCUUGGGCACGUGGACAGUGGUAAGAGUACUACCAUUGGGCACCUGUGCUACAAGCUAGGAGCAAUUGACAAGAGAACACUUGAGAAGUUGGAAGAAGUAGCAAAGGAGCACGGAAAGGGAUCCUUCAGUUACGCUUUCUUCUGUGAUAACAACAAGGCAGAGAGAGAGUCUGGUAUUACUAUCCAGGUAGCAAUGAAGGUGGUGAAGACCGCCAAGCACACAGUCAACAUCCUUGACUGCCCAGGACACAGAGGUUUCCUUAAGAACAUGAUCACCGGAACCGCCCAGGCCGACGUCGCUGUCAUCAUUGUGCCAGCAGCCCAGGGUGAGUUCGAGAGAGCCAUUGCAGAGACAAGUACUUUAUACGAGCACAUUGUCCUUGCACACACUCUUGGUGUCUCCAAGGCCAUUGUUGCCAUCAACAAGUUAGAUACUCUUGGAUCUGACGAGGCAGCAGCAGCAAGAUUCAAGGAAAUCAGCGAGAACAUCACUGGAAAGAUGAAGAAGAUGUACAACAUGAAGACUACUCCAAUUAUUGCCAUCUCCGGAUUCAAGGGAUACGGUUUAACCGCAGAAGGUGAGAAGUUCAACUGGUUCAAGGGAUGGACUCCAGAAGAGACCCCAGACGCAACCCCCAUCAGAUCUCUUGAGGAGGCCAUUGACUACUACCCAAUUCCAAAGAGAAUGACCACCGCUCCUCUUAGAAUUCCUCUUACAAACAUCCUUGAAAUCAAGGGUAUUGGUAAGGUGUUCACUGGAAGAGUUGAGUCUGGUACAUGCUUAGCCGGUAUGAAGGUAAACAUUGCCCCAGCAGGAGUAGCCACUGAAGUCAAGACCAUGGAAAUCCACAAGACCGCCAGAAAGAAGGUCGAGGCAGGAGAAAACUGCGGUAUCACACUGAAGAACAACGCUGAAACCGACAAGGUCAAGCAGGGAUCCGUCAUUGCAGACGCAGCAAACCCAUGCAUCAAGGCAUUCGCCGCAUACGCCACAGUCAUUUUCAUUGGAAAGGUGAAGUGCAUCAAGGCCGGAUAUGCUCCUACUAUGGACAUUGCAGCCACUCACGUCAGCACCGUCUUCGCAAAGCUUUGCGACAUUGGAAGCAAGAAAGGAAAGGAGUUCGUUGUAACCAACGACAAGCCAACUGAAAUUGCAGGAACUAGACCAUGCGCCAGAGUCAUUAUUGUCCCAUCCAAGCCAACUGUUAUGGAGAAGUUCUCAGAGUUCCCAUUCCUUGGAAGAUUUGCCCUUAGAGAUAUGGGUAAGACCAUUGGAGUAGGUAUUAUCCACGAGGUCUUGGACAAGGCUGCCACUGAGGCAAGAGUGCCAGAGUUCUUCGCAACUGGCAAGAAGUCUGCUAAGAAAUAA